AGAAGGCAUUCAAUAAUGUUAACUAGGAAAUAAUGUUAAAAAUACUGAAAAGAGCAACCAUGGUGAAUUAUACACGAAAUACUACAUUGGAGGAUGAGAUAAAAGUGAAUCCAAUUAUAAUAUUUUACAAUAAAAUAGGAUAAAAAACAAUAACAAAAUAAUUUAUACUCGUCGGUAACGAUGAGCAUAGUAAUUGACUGAUUCUGGAAAUGUUUUACAGCCAAGACUUAUGUAGACCUCGUAAACGAAUAGGUUGGUAAAUAUAAUUAAUUUUUAUAAAAAAUCAGAUAUCGCAAAUGAAUAGGUAAAUAAUUUAUUUUUAUAAAAAAAAUCAUAAUUUACCUGAUGUUAUUUUUUUAUGUUUUAUUAACAACGAUUUCGUUGGAUAGACUCCAUGUCGUAUAAACUGUUUAUACUUAUAAAUUUUUAUUUAAAUAAAUUUGAUCGUAAUUUCCAAUAAUCAAAUAAUGCGCUUCGUAAUGUCUCUAAUUCCGUGUUUAUCCGUCGUUACAAUGACUCUAUGGAAUUUGCAAGUGGACUGUUUACCUCUACCGAGAGGGACUAAAGCGGCCAUUCGGUUCGAUAGAUUCGAAUGGGUCGUAAACAAUACGUUCGGAGUUGUGAAUGAUAUCUACGUCACUCAAUUUAACGGAUUCGAUUUCGCCAACGUAGCGAUGACAUUCAACGAUGUUAGUGUUCUACAAAAAUUGAGUUUUGAAAUAAUGAAGUGCAAAGAGCAUUACAUAGAUUGUACAAACUACAGAACUUUCGAAAUCACGCGAUUAUGCGGCAAAGAAAAAUCCAUACUGUUUUUCACGAAAAUAGGAUAUGUAAACCGCGAAUGGUCGUGUCAGAUCGAUAAAGGACGUUACGUAUUCAAAAACGCUACACUAGACGCGGACAACAUUGUUGCAUCGUUUGCGCUUUCGUCGGACAAGUGGUGGGAAAAUUCGUGGAAAUGGAACUGUGUAUUCUUUUCUCACGGCGACGCAUUCGUCAUGCGGUCAAACGGACAGCUCCGAUUUCUUCUUUUGAGCAGACAAACUCAUUCUAGACAUUAGAGACAAUAUUUUACGCGAUUAAUUAUUAUUUUUUAACUAUGAUCUAUUUUUUAAAUAUA